AUGGGCCCCUGUACCGCCUCCUCAUGCUGCUGCCAGGCCCGUAAUCUGCCAUGGGCCCCUGUACCGCCUCCUCAUGCUGCUGCCAGGCCCGUAAUCUGCCAUGGGCCCCUGUACCGCCUCCUCAUGCUGCUGCCAGGUCCAGAGUGUGUCAUGGUCCCUGUACGGCCUCCCAUUGCUGCUGUCUCCAUCGCCACACUCUGCCAUGUGCCACUUUCAGGUCUCCUCACACUGCUGGUGGGUUCCAUUUUGUCAUAGGGUGCUGUAUGGCCUCCCAUUGCUGCUGCCUCCACCGCCACACUGUGGCUCCACACUCUGGUUUUGGCCCCGUGACUGCCCAAAUGAGUGAAGUGUGCGGUGAUUCUAAGAUCGACGGCACUCAUCUGCAUGUCAUACUGACUGACAGUAUUAUUUCUCUUCCCCAGCAGACUCCAAGGGCAUUUAAAUUAAAGGUACAGUGUUCUGCACUAAUAUAA